GUGGAGUGGAGCUUCGUGCUCAGAGAUAGUCGGGUCACAGGACAUUGAGAAGUGAGAGAUCCACAGUCCGGGCUCAGGGUUGGUGGUUACUGAAUUGUCACAAAAAUGAGUGUAGCCGACUUUGAUGCUGCCAUGGACUACAUUGAAGGUGCAAACUCCAGUGACCUCAACUUGAGCUGCUCAGGUGGUGACUGUUUCAUCGUGGAGUCUUUAUCAUGCACUAGCACGUUGAACAAGAGUGCUCUGCUCUAUAGCCUGUCCAUUGUCUACAUAUUUAUAUUUGUAAUGGGUCUCAUUGCUAAUUCAGUAGUCAUUUGGCUCAACCUCCGGGCAAAGUCCACUGGGUAUGAGACUCACUUAUAUAUUUUUAACUUGGCUGUGGCUGAUCUGUUUGUUCUCCUCACCUUGCCUGUCUGGGUGGUGUCCUUAGUUCAACAUAAUCAGUGGCCAAUGGGGGAGAUGACUUGCAAAAUCACCCACCUGAUUUUCUCCAUCAACCUGUACAGUAGCAUAUUCUUUCUCAUGUGCAUGAGUAUUGACCGCUACUUUUCAGUAUCACUACGUGGAAACGCAGGUCAGCGUAGAAGAAAGAUCAUACGCCGAUUGGUCUGUGUCCUUGUGUGGCUGGUGGCAUUUGCAGUGUCAUUCCCUGAUACAUACUACUUAAAGACUGUAACUUCUCCAGUUAACAAUGAAACAUAUUGUCGAUCUAUAUACCCAGAAGAUUACUUAAAGGAAUGGGUCCUGGGAAUGGAGGUUCUGUCCAUUAUAGUGGGAUUUAUUAUUCCAUUCCCAAUUAUUACAGUCUUCUACUGUCUCCUGGCAUGGACUCUAUCUUCUUCCUCAUCUGCUGGAGAUCAAGAGCGCAGAAUCAGUGGGAGGCUCAUAGUCUCUUAUGUAGUGGUCUUCAUGGUAUGUUGGCUACCCUACCACAUCAUGGUCAUGUUGGAUGUCUUGGUUUUUGUACAUCUGAUCCCAUUCAACUGCCAGCUAGAUAAUUUCCUUUAUGCUGCCCUUCAUAUCACCCAAUGUUACUCCCUUCUCCACUGCUGUAUCAAUCCGAUCCUCUACAGCUUCAUCCACCGGAACUACCGCUAUGAGAUCAUGAAGGCCUUCAUCUUCCGUUAUUCAUCAAAGACUGGACUUACAAAGCUUAUUGACUCUUCUAAAGUAUCAGAGGCAGAAUAUUCAGCUGUGGAGCAAACACCAAAAUGAAGUAUUUUAUAAGACUACACUGGCUGCUUUUACUGUUCCCCUACAGUACUUAUUGGGGUGCAUGGGACCAAAUGUAAUUAAUGUUUCUGCCCUUGCUGGUAGAUGAGAAAACGGGGUCCCGUGGCCGUGCCAAAUCUGCUCAUAGAGGUGUCAAUUUACCAUGUUAUGCUUGACAUGAAGGACCUUAACCAAAAAUCUUUCAAAAUAAUUAUUUGCACCAGAAAUUCUGUUCUGUUGUUAAACACUUAUCACUAUAAUAUACUUAUCAUUGAGAGCAAUAUUAUUAUAUUGUAAAGAGCACUGAUACUGGGGCCGUAAUGCCCCCUUUUGCGUUGACUGGGCAGCUACAAGUUAACUCUGUUUUUAGCCAUAUAAUGGUAAAAAGUCAGCAGCGCUUGGACUACUUUCACAGUCGACGUUGCACAAUAUUGUAAAUAGAGACAUUACAGCUCAACACUCAGACUUGGCAGCGUCCCAGAGUAUUAAGUCACACAUCCCAAUAGGCAAUACCCAGCCUACAAAUGCUGACAGCCACUGCCUUUGUAUUAUAUGUAUUAUAAAACACCUUCUCUAAAGCCCUUAUAUAAAUAUAUAUAUUUUUCUAUAGCUUAUUGUAUUUAAAAAAAACAUUUUUUUUUAAACUGGCCGUACUUUGUAUUUGAAAUUCCAAUAGACAUUUUAUAUAUCUGCAUAUAUGUAAUAUCUAUAUUUUUGAAGUUGUAAUGUUAUGUGAACAUUGGAAUUGCUUCUUGUUUUAUAUGUUCCUUUGAUGGUUUGAUGAACAAUCCAAAGCUCUUCUAAGCCAUUAAAGUUUUAUACAAGCUUAAA